GCUUCAUCCGCGUCGUUCUACGGAGUACAUCGCGUGGACGUAAUCUUUUAGUGCAGUUCGCUCCACCUUCCAUGCUGUGCCUUGCUAUGGUGUGAUGGACACUCCAUUCCCAAUGCCGAGCCUCGCGGCAUUCUUCAACACUCAAAAGAAAACCCGACCACUCUUCCCCUCGUUCAAUUGAAUCUCCGAUCAAGUCUCUGAAACCGGCGAAUUGGUGGCGCAACAAUGUCCGACCACGUCCUGUCCCAGCUUCCAGCUCUCCAGGCUGCGGUGGCCACCGACUGUCAGAUCUUGCACGAUCCCCAAGACCCAGAAUUCCAGAAGCGCCUGGCUCGAUGGACCGAUAUCGACCGGAAAGUGCCCGCUGCCAUUGUUCUCCCACGGUCGGAAGAGGACUGCCUCGAGACAGUAAGAUGGGCUCUCAAGUCAUCCAUUCCAUUCGUGCCUAAGAGUGGCGGCCAUAGCCCGUGGUCAACUAUCGGAGUCGAGGGAAUCGUCAUUGACCUCACUUUCUAUACCGGUGUGCACGUUAAUGCGGAUGGGACGGCCACGGUAGUAGGGGGAAUCCUGGCCAAGCAAGUGUCCGUGUGUCUAGCAGAAGCAGGCCUGUUCACCGCACUCGGAAACGGCAACAGCGUGGGUGCCAUCCCCUACCUCCUCGGGGGAGGAGGCUCCAUCACGAAUUCCAUCACCGGCUUCGGAUCCGAUCAAAUUUUAGCGGCGCGGCUGAUCACGGCCACAGGAGAACUGGUCGAGGUCACCAAGGAGACGCAGCCCGACCUUCUCUGGGGAGUGAAAGGAGCUGGGCAGUUCUUCGGCCUUGUCACCCAACUGACCGUUCGUACCCACCCCUUGACAGCACUGCGCAAGCAGCAGGGCUUGAUCUGGGUCGGGGCCUUCAUCUUCCCACUUGAUCGGGCGACAGAGGUGGUACCCACCAUGAAGCAGAUCAUGGAUGAUCCCACCCAUGCGACUGCGGGCCUCAUGAUGGCCAUUGCUCCGCCGCCUGCGCGGACCCCAUCGCUGGUGAUCUCUGCGCGGUAUACGGGGGACGAGGCUCCUGAGGUGCCAUUCAAAGCCUUGUAUGACUUGCAACCUAUCGCCACGACUGGGAGAGAGCUACCAUAUCAGAACGUGAAUGAUGACAGAGAAGCGCUAUGCGCCAAGGGCGACUUUAAGCGGUUCGGAUUAGUCGGACUAGAUGAGUUUCGGGUAGACGCGUUCGUUCAAGCCAUCGAGAUCUGGAAGAAAUUGGUCCACGAGUGCCCAGAUGCGAUCAAUACGACCUUUAACGUUCAGUGGGACUCGCGACCAGUCAAGGCACCCGAGCAGGACUCGGCCAUGUCUUCACAUGACAUCCGUUACUGGCAGGUCAAUAUAGUGUGGCAUACCGAUGUGAAGAAUCGUCGCAAGGUUGACGAGUACAACGAAGAGUGCGUGGCCGUGAUGCGUGGGCCGGACGAGACCCGCUACGUCGAUUUCCAGAACGCGACACGGACGGGGCCUAUCCAGAGACGAUAUCGAGGUGAAGCGCGGCUGACGAGGCUCCGGCAACUGAAGCAAAAAUGGGAUGCGCAUGGGGUAUUUACGAGACAGUUGCUUAACUGAGCAUGACCGGAGACCAAACCACAUCCGAAUCGUGCUGGUGCAUCGGGCUCCAAACUCCGUUCUGUCAUACCAAUAGACUAUUAGACGCCAUUUGAACAGCGUAAUUUCCCGCACGAGAGGAUGGGUAGAUGUCUCAAUCACUCCCCAGGAUGAGUCACCGGGGCAAUACCAAAUGGAA